AGUGUGCUUGCUGCUGCUGCUGUAGCUGGGGCUGGGCAGGAAAGGGUUAAGUGCUGCGCUCUAUAAAAGCUGCUUUAGGAGUUUAAACCCAUAGUCACUAGACUUGCCCAGGCAGGAGGUAGGAGUAGAAGCACGGCUGCUGACCUGAACCAGGUUUUAAGGCUCAGCGAGGUCAGCAUCACACAGUUCUGGACAGCAUGAGGUGCCUCCUGUUUACCUGCAUGCUGCUUCUGUGGCUGGCAGCCGCCUCGGCCAGUGGGUCUGAUCCCGAUCCCCAGCUGAGACAAAGAUCCACAUCUGGCAGGCAGAUGGACGGAUACCUCAGCAGGGUUUUAGAACUACGAAGAGAAAAGAGGUCGCUCCCUCCUGCUGAUGAGCCUGAUGGUGGCCCAGACGCAAGCGACAGAGUUGACCUUCCCACAUGCCUGAAGUGUGUGUGUCUGUCUCGCUCGGUUUACUGUGAGGACGUCAGUCCAGACAUGACCAAAGUUCCCCCUCUGCCAAAAGAAACUUCUUACCUGUAUGCACGCUUCAACAAGAUCAGAAAGAUCAGCAGGAAUGACUUUGGAGACACCGUGACUCUGAAGAGGAUCGACCUAACCGGGAACAUGAUCUCAGAUAUCGAUGAUGGUGCUUUCUCUAAGCUAACACUUCUGGAGGAACUGUCUCUGGCUGAGAACAAACUGGUCAAACUUCCAACACUUCCAGCCAAACUCACAUCCUUUAAUGCAAACAGCAACCUCCUGAAAACCAAGGGUGUAAAGGCCACCAUCUUCACGAAGCUAACCAACCUGGCUAACCUGUACCUGGCUGACAACCAGCUGGAUGCUGUUCCACACAUUCCAGAGAGUGUUCGAAUCCUACACUUACAGAACAACAACAUCACUGAUGUCAACAAAGACACCUUCUGCAAGUCCAACGACACCUACUAUCUCAGACUCAGUCUCUCUGAAGUCCGAAUGGACGGGAAUCCAGUGGAGCUGUCCAAGUUCCCCGACAGCUUCACCUGUAUGAAGAUUCUGCCAGUUGGACGGUAUCGUUGAUGAGGAACAGACUGUACCAUGGCUGGCAGAACUGUUUCCCUGGGUGGAAGUAAUGAGCAUUACUGUGACAUUCUGGACUUCUGGGAGCUGGUCCCACUGACCACAGGAAUAAAGGUUUUAGUGUUUUUACCUUCACUACAACUGACAGCUGGUUUCUGGUCAAACAGGAGAUGAUUUACUGGACUGAAGAAUUGAACUGAUCUAAGUAUGUGUACAUUCAGCAGCUAGCGUCAGAACCAUUUGAAUUAAUCCUGAUUUGCCCCAGUUCGUUUCCCUUACCAUUUUAACUGAAAUGCCUUAAUUUCAGUCAAAGGAAAGUGCUUUUAUAUCCUUUGUGGUAAAGAACCUUUUAUUUUUUUAAUCGAAACAUCUUCUCCAAACCCAAUCAGCCAGAUAGUGUUCUGCUGUGUUGAGGAGCCUCUCGGCAUUUGAGAGCAGCACUGAGCCAUUGACCAGUUUCUACUAAUGCUUGGAGCCGUAAUGCUUUUGGUAUCACCAACAAGUGUUGGGACCAAACAUGGAAAUGCUCUCUUAAAAAUGCAAAACACAGCAAGCAGUUGCUCUUGUUUCUUAAGUUCAGCAGAGAGGUAAACCUUAAAAAUAUCCUCAACGUUUAAACACAGCUGAGAUUAUUUAAUUAUUAACGUCUCAAACCCAAUCCCUCCACGGUGGGACCUAAAAGUGCUUAAACCUUCUCAGCCUUUAAUGGCCGCUGCUCCAUCAGUGCUAAUAGUGAUAUUUUCUUGUAUCGACAGAGUUGAUUUGCAUAGUUUAAAAAGAACUAUUAAAACCAACCAUAUCCAUUUUAUCAGGCUAUAAAACAAACAUCUGGAUGGUAUAUGGCAUUAGUCAGAGCAUGAGUCAGGCGGAACAUCACAACAGUAUUGGGGAGUGUUAAAGUGCAUCUUUAAUGCUGUUUAAAAUGGUAGAAGAACAUCAUCUAAGGUCAAAAAGAUACUUUAGUUAUUUAACUAGCAGGUGUUUAAUAAUACUAAAGUGAGGAAAGUGGACAGGCUUCCCUAACAAACGUGCGGUUUUGGAGAAACCACUAACAUGUGUUUGACGUGGAGGAUGCCCUUUAACCGGCGCCUCAGACACUCCCUGUGGUUUGCCUCUUAAACACUAGGCAGUGCUACAGAGAAGCUAAAACCACUAAACUACAGCAUUCCUGAUGACUAAAGGUAACAACACCUCUCUGGGACUAUGUUCAUGGGCUUGUCAACAUCAGAAUAUUAGUGAAGGAUUCAAACAUCUUUAGACAUUCUGGGGUCAGACGUGAUACCCAAUAUCAGUCCAGUUUACAGUUUUCUUUUGACCAGUACUGCAUCACUGUACAAGCAAAAGGCUUGUAGUACUUAGUGACUUUUAAUUUAUGUAGUUCAGUUAAAGUGGACUAGAGUACAUGUAUCCAUGAUCUAUAGUAACGUGAAAGUUAUUCUUCCUUUAACACCUGUAUCUUGUUUUGACCCAAGUCUUCCUCUCCAGCAUCAAAGGUCAUGUUGAAGGUUAUAAUGAUGUGAAUAAGAAAUGGUACAGGAGGAUGUGGGUGUAAGAGUGCUAUGUUGGAGGACUUUAAUAAAGUUUAACUAACUGUCGAA